AUGGCUGAAGGAAGCGGCAUCGAUAGGAAGGCGGAGGAGAGGAUGGAAUUUUCUACCUCCAAGGAGGUGACUGUCCAUCCCACGUUCGAGUCGAUGUCUCUCAAGGAGAAUCUUCUCCGCGGCAUCUAUGCCUAUGGUUACGAAUCUCCCUCGGCCGUCCAGUCUCGCGCCAUUGUCCAGGUCUGCAAGGGCCGCGACACCAUCGCCCAAGCCCAGUCCGGCACGGGUAAGACUGCUACCUUCUCGAUCAGCAUGCUCCAGGUCAUCGACACGGCCGUCCGCGAAUCGCAAGCCCUCGUCCUGUCUCCUACGCGCGAACUUGCGACCCAGAUCCAGUCCGUCGUCAUGGCUCUCGGCGACUACAUGAAUGUUCAGUGCCAUGCCUGCAUCGGCGGCACCAACGUUGGCGAGGACAUUCGCAAGCUGGACUAUGGUCAACACAUCGUGUCUGGCACACCCGGUCGCGUCGCCGACAUGAUCCGUCGCCGCCACCUGCGCACCCGUCACAUUAAAAUGCUCGUUCUCGACGAGGCCGACGAGCUGCUCAACCGCGGUUUCCGGGAGCAGAUCUACGACGUGUAUCGCUACCUCCCGCCCGCCACCCAGGUCGUCGUCGUCAGCGCCACGCUGCCGUAUGACGUCCUCGACAUGACCACCAAGUUCAUGACCGACCCUGUGCGCAUUCUUGUCAAGCGUGACGAGCUGACCCUUGAGGGUCUCAAGCAGUACUUCAUCGCUGUCGAGAAGGAGGACUGGAAGUUCGACACCCUUUGCGAUCUUUACGAUACCCUGACCAUCACACAGGCCGUCAUCUUCUGCAACACGCGCCGCAAGGUCGACUGGCUGACGGACAAGAUGCGCGAGGCCAACUUUACCGUGAGCAGCAUGCACGGCGACAUGCCGCAGAAGGAGCGCGACAGCAUUAUGCAGGACUUCCGCCAGGGCAACAGCCGUGUGCUCAUCUCGACUGAUGUUUGGGCACGUGGUAUCGACGUGCAGCAGGUCAGCUUGGUCAUCAACUACGAUCUGCCGAGCAACCGCGAGAACUACAUCCACCGUAUUGGUCGUAGCGGCCGCUUUGGUCGCAAGGGUGUCGCCAUCAACUUUGUUACCAGCGAGGAUGUGCGUAUCCUGCGUGAUAUUGAGUCUACCGGCGUUAGGCGUCUGCGGAUAGCAUCGCGCAAAGCCAGAAAAGAAGACUAG